AUGGCCUGCCCCAACGGUCCGCCCACGGGCGUCGGGAAUCGGGAUCAUAAUCAGUUGCACAACGCAAUACAUCGUUAUCAGUACAUAUGGGACGCAUCAGUAGAAGAAGAAGAAGAUUUAAGUUUCUUAGUCUUAUUUGUCCGUAUGUUGUUACAGUGCAUGGCGCGCGCGUUGUACGACAAUAUAGCGGAGUCGCCGGACGAGUUGGCGUUCAGACGAGGCGACCUGCUCACAGUCCUGGAGCAGAACACUGGAGGCAGCGAGGGCUGGUGGCUCUGCUCGCUCAGGGGAAGACAGGGAAUAUGUCCCGGAAACAGGCUGCGUAUAGUGGCCGGGGUUUUCGACGCAAGUUCAGCUCUACAGAGGCGGCGCACGCGCACCCCCGCCCCCGUCGCGCACCAACCGCUCCCCUCACAACAAUCACCCGCCUUCACAAAAAUCGAGGAAUGCUCUCAUUACGACGUCCCUCGGGCUCCAAUGCCGGUCCAACGUAUCAUCGGUACGUACGAUUGUCCCCGGUCACACGGGGACUGGUACGACGCACCUCGGGCUCCGCGACCGGCCAGUGCGGAUUCAGCGUGCAGUGGAACGGGUUCUUUAACAUCAGCUACAUCAAGCGCUUCAGCAAAUUCGGGAAGUUCAGCAAAUUCCGCUUCAAGUACUUAUGAUGUACCCAGAUCACGCGCGUUGCCGCUGCCAUGCGACGCUGCGAUGGAGGCGUUAGAACGGUUACAGGAGGAGGCAUCUACAGCUGUAUCCCGCCUACUGUCCUACGUCACGCCGGGCUGGCGGCGGCGCGGCGCGUUACGGCCGCGCGUGUUGGACGUGCGCGUGGCGGGCGCUCGUCUGCGGGCGGCCUUACACGACCUCGCGGUGUUCGCUGACGCUACACUGGCCAACGCUCAUGAUGCACAAGACAAAGGUAUCGCAGUAAAGCUACGGCCACUAGUUAAAGCGCUUAAGGACGCGGAGCGGAUCACACACGAGGCGACGAGCGCGUUGGACGCGGGCGACUGGGCGCCUGAACGGCUCGAGCGGGACCGCGAGCCCACAGACGGGACGCACGACGCGCUCGACCAGCUCGUCGCGUGUGCGCGCUCCCUUACUGAGGACGUACGGCGAGCUGCGUCCUUCAUACACGGGAACGCGUCGCUGUUGUUCAGGCGUUCAGCGACAGUUCCUGAACACGAAUGGACCGAGGAGUAUGACUACGUGAGGUUGGAGUCACGAACCGCUGUUGGUAGAAGGAACGCUGAGAUACGGGCAGCUCUGCCAGACAAACUGAGGGCCUCCUUCGACGCGUUAGUACGAGACGCGGACCACGCGGGCGAGGUUAGUGCUGUAGCAGCUGCCACUCGUUUGCCAGCCGAUGAUCGUCAAUUGGCCGCUUUUUACGCCGCUCAAACGGCCACGUACGGCGCACACCUAGCAACCGCUGUGGACGCAUUCCUCAGAACCAUCGACAUGGGCCAGCCGCCGGACGUGUUCCUCGCGCACGGGAAGUUCGUGGUGCUCAGCGCGCAUAGGAUCGUACACGUGGGGGACACUGUACACAGGAGCGCUCAGCACUCGGGACUAAAGUCGAAAAUACUGCGGUGUUCAGACGCACUAUCGGACGCGCUAGCGGCGACCGUGGCUAAGACUAAAGCGGCAGCGUUACAGUUCCCUUGCGCGAGUGCGGUGGCCGAUAUGGCUGAAGCGGCGCGGACAUUGGCCGUGAGGGCGCAGGAACUAAGGCGAGCCCUAGUUAGAGCAGCUGAGCCCCCACAAGACACGCCCUCUACCACGGUACCACAAUCCUCUACCACGACACCACUCACGCCACUCACUCCUAUCGCUCAUCCCACUACUACACUUCCCGUAUUAUAA